UUCACCACCUCGGCUGACAGAGAGGACGCGCGGUGCCUUCACCGCCCGUUCAUGGAUUUUACGGUUUCGCGCGGACGCACGGGACUCCGAUGCCUGUUCGUCUCACCGUGGGCUCCUAACAUCACAGGCUCACUCCUAUGGUGAGUUUUUUGGCGUAGCUAACGGCAGAGCGUGCGAUGGCUGAGCCGCAGGCUUCCGAAUCCGUGGCGGGACCCUUGUACGAGCUCGGAGCGACCACUCCGACCCGGGACACGGCGGCGGCUGCUGCUGCGGCGCUGACCAUCAGCGAUACCUACCAGACAUACCUGGACGUGUCGGCGGCUGGACACCCGGUGUACGGGGCCGAGGGGGUGUACUCUAACGGACGGUACAGGGAGCACAGCAGUCCGCGAGUCGGUACCCGGAACCGCGACAGUUCUGCAGAGAGGUGCACCGGCACCGGGAAUCCACCUUGCGGUAUUAUGAAGGAUGGCUCAAAACAGAGGCAGUCGAGGAAGAAGACCGUCUCAUUCAGCUCCAUGCCAAGUGACCGCAAGAUGAACAGCACAGCUGCCUGCAUGGCCUUCAUGAUGGAAGGUUGUGAGAUGAAGAAAGUCCGAUCUAAUUCUCGCAUGUACAAUCGUUACUUCCUGUUGGAUCCUGACAUGCGCUGGCUCCGCUGGGAACCAUCAAAAAAAGACUCGGAGAAGGCCAAGCUUGAGAUAAAGAGCAUCAAAGAAGUUCGAUUGGGAAAGAAAACACCUGUCCUACGCAGCAACGGACUCUCGGAUCAGUUCCCAGAGGAGUGUGCAUUCUCGAUUAUAUAUGGAGACAACUAUGAAUCCCUUGAUCUGGUUGCAAGCACUGCAGAUGUGGUUAGCACCUGGGUGAUGGGACUGCGGUACCUGGUCUCAUAUGGGAGGCAUAUGGUGGGUGUAGCCGAACCCAGUCAACCUAGUGUAAGAACGUCAUGGAUUGGGUCUGUGUUUGAGCUAGCUGAUCCAGAAAGGCAAGGACACAUUGAUCUAUUCCGGGCCACCCAAAUCAUAAAGGGUCUCAAUCCUGGCAUGAGAGAGUCCCGCAUCGAACUGAAGUUCAAAGAGCUACAGAAGGCCAAGGACUGCUAUGGUGAAGGCAUCGAUUUAGACACAUUUGUAGAGGCAUACUGUGAACUGUGCACACGCUCCGAGAUCUUUUUCCUGCUGGUGCAGUUUUCCAGCAACAAAGAGUACCUGGACUCUAAAGACUUGAUGAUCUUUGUUGAGGUGGAGCAGGGAGUGGAGGGUGUCACAGAGGAAAUGUGUCGGGAGAUUGUGCAUAAGUAUGAACCCUCUGCUGAAGGACGUAAUAAUGGCUACUUGUCCAUAGAUGGCUUCACACACUACCUCCUGUCAUCCGAGUGCCACAUUUUUGACCCGCAGCACAAGCAUGUUUGUCAGGAUAUGACGCAGCCCCUUUCACACUACUACAUCAACUCUUCUCACAAUGCCUCGCUUUUAGAAGAUCACUACUGGGGCUCUUCUGACCUCAGCAGCUACGUUCGAGCACUGCGUAUGGGUUGUCGAAGCCUAGAGGUUGUAGUCUGGGACGGCCCUGACUGUGAGCCUGUGGUCUAUGUUGGAAGCUCCGUUGCCUCCCAGCUGGCCUUUUGUAAAGUUCUUGAUGUCAUUAACCAGUAUGCCUUUGAGAGUUCAGAGUAUCCACUAAUCCUCUGUCUUGUCACACAUUGUAGUGUUCCCCAGCAGAGAGUCAUGGCUCAACAUCUGAAGAAGAUUCUAGGGGACAAACUGCACAUUGAGUCUCCCAAUCUGGAAGACCACUAUUUACCUUCCCCUGAGAAACUUAAGGGAAAGGUACUCAUCAAAGGGAAGCGCUUGCCAACAGAUUCACAAGACUCUGAAGGAGAGGUCACAGAUGAAGAAGAAGGUUUUGAGAUGUCCAGGAGAAUGAUGGGUGUAGAUGAUAAGGAUCACCUUAACGGGAUUGGCUGCAAACGAUUACAACUCUGCAGGGAACUUUCUGACUUAGUCACCCUUUGUAAGUCUGUUCAGUUUCGUGACUUUGAGAUGUCAAAACGUGAACAGAAGCAUUGGGAGAUUUGCUCCUUUAAUGAGGUUGACGCCAACCGCUUUGCCAAUGAGUUUCCAGAGGACUUCGUCUCUUACAAUAAGCGGUUUCUGUCACGGGUGUACCCUACACCCAUGCGCAUUGAUGCUAGCAACAUGAAUCCGCAGGACUUCUGGAAGUGUGGUUGCCAAAUUGUGGCUAUGAAUUACCAAACUCCAGGUUUGAUGAUGGAUUUGAACCUUGGCUGGUUUAGGCAAAAUGGCAACUGUGGCUAUGUCCUGCGUCCUGCUAUAAUGCGUGAAGAGGUGUCCUAUUUCAGUGCCAACGCUCGUGACUCGCUACCUGGAGUCUCAGCACAGCUCCUUCACAUUAAGGUGAUCAGCGGUCAAAACUUACCAAAGCCUCGAGGCUCUGCUGCUAAAGGAGACGUGGUAGAGCCAUACAUCUAUGUGGAGAUCCAUGGAAUCCCUGCAGACUGCGCAGAACAACGCACAAAAACUGUCUCACAAAAUGGUGACAAUCCAAUAUUUGAUGAAAGCUUUGAGUUCCAGAUCAACCUCCCUGAACUAGCUGUUUUGCGUUUUGUUGUCCUUGAUGACGACUACAUUGGCGAUGAAUUUAUUGGCCAGUACACGAUUCCUUUUGAGUGCCUGCUUCCCGGUUACCGGCAUGUACCACUGCAGUCACUUACAGGGGAGUUUUUGCCCAACACCACGCUGUUCGUUCAUGUUGCUAUUACAAACCGACGAGGUGGGGGCAAGGCCCAUAAGAGGGGCCUCUCUGUGAGAAAGGGCCGAAAAGCAAGGGAAUACACCUCCACUAAGACCACAGGGAUCAAAGUGGUAGAUGAGCUCUUCAGGGCGUCCACCCAGCCACUACGGGAAGCAACAGACCUACGGGAAAAUGUACAGAAUGCCAUGGUGUCGUUUAAGGAGCUCUGCGGCCUGACUCCGGCAGCUAACAUGAAGCAGUGUAUCCUGACUGUGUCGUCCUGGCUGAUGAACAGCGAGCGAGUGCUACGCGUGACAGUAGAUCUGAGCGAGGCCUAUCCCACCAUGGAAGCCCACGGCCCCAUUCCUGAGCUGCUGCGUAAAGUGCUCACCGCUUAUGACACGAUGAUCCAGACGAGUCGCACACUGAUCGAAUCAGCCGAUGGCGUGUACUCGAAACUCACACAAGCACAGAGAGCAGGAUUGGACUUUCAUGAGGAUCUGCAUCGAAUCGGAGCGAGAGAAGGACUGAAAGGGCGGAAGUUACAGAAGGCCAUGGAGAGUUACGCCUGGAACAUCACGGUCCUGAAGGGCCAGGCAGACCUGCUGAAGCAUGCGAAAGGAGAAGCGAUGGACACACUGCGUCAGAUUCACUGUGCUGCUCACUCGUCCGGUUUGGCCAAGAACGGAGCCUCCACAUCCCCCGCUUCGCCUCUCCUGCCGCCCCUCCACCCGCGGCCCCUCCACACCAUCCACGAGACGGAGAGCGACAGCACCACCCUGCACUGAGACACAGAGAAAUCAGCUUUUCGCUUCAGGUGCUGUUUGAGCAGGGAAAGUGUUGAGUCGGUCAAGAACACACAGGAGGGAUACUUUAACUUUCAGCACUGCGCUUCACUCUGUUCUCUUCCAAAAUCUGAAAUCCCCUUAAAGGGACAGUUCACCUAAAAAUAGGAAAAUUCUGUCAUCAUUUACUCUCGCUUUACUUGUUUACUUUACCAUUUUUCUCAUCUGUGGAACACAAAAGAAGAUAUUUUGAAGAAUGUUGGAAACCUGUAACCAUUGACUUUCAUAGUAUUUGUUUUCCCUAGUAUUGAAGUCAUUAGCUAUGUUUUCAUCUAAAAAUGUGAAUUAGAUUAGCAAAACUAGAAAAAUCGCAUGAAAGAUUUAUUUGCAUAUCUCAUAAUCAGUGUUUCUCAUCCAUGUUUCUGGAGGACCACCAGCCCUGCACAUUGAGCACAAGCUCUGCACACAUGAUUCAAAUCAUUAGCUCAUUAGCAGAGACUGAAAGACCUGUAAUGAGUGUGACAGACAAAGGAGACAUCCAGAACAUGCAGUGCUGGUGGUCCUCCAGGAACGUGGUUGAGAAACACUGAGUAUGAGAUUUGCAAAUAAAGCAGCAUUUUUUCCUGUGAGGUUUUUUUUUAAUGCGCAUGAUAAAAUUUAUUCAGUAAAUGUUUUUCAGUCAUAGUUUAUGCAUUUUUCUUGUUUUUAUAUUGUUUUAUGCACAUUUUCGAAAUGUAUGCUCAUCUCAGCGUUUCCGUUAAGCAUUUUUUUUAUGUGGUAGAUGGAAACAUAUCGAAUGGUAACAGGUUUCCAGAUUUCUUCAAAAUAUCUUCUUUAGUUUUAACCAGACGAAAGAAACUCGUAAAGUUUUGAGGGAGAAUAAAGUAAAUUUUCACUUUUGAGAAACUGUCCCUUUAAAGGAUUAUUUCAUUUACAGGAUGAAAAUUUCCUGAUAAUUUAUUCAGCCAAAUUUCAUCAAACAGGUCAAAUUCUUUCUUUUGAUUUACUUUAAAUUUAAGUUUAAUUUGUUUUUAGGAAAACUUUUCAGUAUUUGUAUCCAAAUUGUGGACUUCUAUGGACUUCCAAACUACAGUUUUUCAAUGCAACUUCAAAUGGCAGUAUAUUAAUAUACAGUAUGAAGAGUUCAGAUGCAAAAACCUCUAAACCCAUCAGACCUCUUUUUUUGUAAAUGAGCAUUUUCUAUCAGGCUCCUAUAAUUAGGUUCAUAAGUUUCUUUUUAUAGAUAAUGAAAAGGUUAUUAGCUGGUAAAUGAAAUAACUUUUUUUCCCAAAAGUGUCACUUUAGACAUUUCUUUGGUUUUUAACAAGGUAAAUUUUCUUCUACAUCAAAACCAGCUAAAUUCACGUCUGCUUUUUUUUGCAAAACCUCUAAAUCCACCUAUUGGGACAAAAAUUACUAAAGAUGCAAUUAGAAAUUAUUUCACCAAACGAAAAACAUUACACAAACCACCUAAAGAUUAAAAAUACAUCUGUCAAGUAAGUGGCGGUUCAUUCCACUGUAGCGACCCCAGAUAAACUAGGGACUAAGCAGAAGAUGAAUGAAUGAAUGAAAUCUGUCAAGUAAGUGUAUUAAUCAAUAACAUUAAAACUGACAUUAAUUAAAUCUUAAUGAUCUGUAAGUAAUUAAUGUAAGUAGAACAAUGUAAACAUUGCAAACAUUGUAAACUAAGCUUGGUGGAUUCAAAUAAUGUAUUGUAAAACAUUGUGAAACAUCAAUAUCCCUUCCAGCCACAACCUAGUAAUAUUUGAAAUAUUUUGUUACUAUAAUGUAAUGUAUAGUUAAAGAUUAUAAACAACAAAAUGUGUUAUUAAUAAAAAUACUAAAUCAGAUAAACUAAAAACCUAUUAAUAUGAUAUAUUUGUAUGUAAGUGCAGAACAAUGAAAUAGAUGUAUUAAAAUAAAUUAUUAUAUUGUUUAGUGGCAAAACCUCCCACCAGCCUUCUUUAAGAAGAGAAAAACAUAUACUUUUUUUCCACAAAAGCAAUUCAGCGCUAUUGCAAGAUGAGAUUUUGUGGUUAAACUGUAUAUCAUUUUUUUUUUUUGUAAAGAUGGUCAUUUGUUUCUCCAGGUAACGCAUUUAUGCAUUAGGUGGUAUUGUGUAUCUGCAUUGAAACUGAAAUUUGCAAGUUCAAAACAUUGAGCAUUAUAGAAGACCAUUAUAUAGUAUAUAUAUGCGACACUGGACCAUAAAACCAGUCAUUUAUAUACGUAUAUAUAUCAGGGGGUUCUCAAACGCGGUCCAGGAGGUCCGGUGUCCUGCAGAUUUUAGCUCACACUUGCCUCAACCUGCAAGGAUGUUUCUUGAAAGCCUAGUAAGAGCUUAAUAAGCUAGCCUAGGUGUGUCUGAUUGGGGUUGGAGCUAAAAUAUGCAGGACACUGGACCUCCAGGACCGACAUUGAUAACCCCUGAUAUAUAGUAUAUAAGUUGUGGAAAUAGGUUGAUAUACAUUGAUUUAAAUUUUUUGCCAAAAAUCUUUUGAAUAUUAGGUAAAAGAUCAAGUUUCAAGAACAUAAUUUGUACAUUUCUGUAAGUAUUUAAAGACCGAGUAAUGUGCAUUUCUUGCAACUUAAUUUAUAACUUAACUUUAAACUCAAUUUUCUCAGUAUUUAAAAAAAAAUGUAACCCUCAGAUUCCAGAUUUUCAAAUAGUUGUAUCUCGGUCAAAUAUUGCCCUUUUCUAAAAAAGAAUACAUUAUUGGAAAGAUAAUUUAUUCAGUGAUGUGUAUGCAUAAUAAUUUUAGUAAAACUGACUGGUUUUUUGGUCUGUGGUCACAAAUAAUCUUUGGUUGUUGUUGUUUUACAUUUUUUAUAUUAUUUUA